CCGAGCGGACUGGCCCGCUGCUCUCAUCCGAGACCUCCGUGCAGACCGUUGGAUCUACUAAACCGCGAACGCCGGCUCCCUGAAAGCCUCCAGCUGCUGUACAAUGCAGGCUAUCAAAUGUGUGGUGGUGGGCGACGGGGCUGUGGGUAAGACCUGUCUGCUGAUUAGCUACACCACCAAUGCCUUCCCUGGUGAAUACAUCCCCACUGUCUUUGACAACUACUCUGCCAAUGUGAUGGUGGAUGGGAAACCAGUGAAUCUGGGCCUUUGGGAUACAGCAGGACAGGAGGACUACGAUAGGCUCAGACCACUGUCUUACCCACAGACGGAUGUGUUCUUGAUAUGCUUCUCCCUGGUCAGUCCGGCCUCCUUUGAGAACGUCCGAGCUAAGUGGUAUCCUGAGGUGAGACACCACUGCCCCAAUACACCCAUCAUCCUCGUGGGCACCAAGCUGGAUCUGCGAGAUGACAAGGACACCAUUGAGAGGCUGCGAGACAAGAAGCUUUCCCCCAUCACUUACCCGCAGGGCCUGGCCAUGGCGAGAGAGAUCGGGGCCGUGAAGUACCUGGAGUGCUCUGCGCUGACCCAGCGAGGCCUGAAGACGGUAUUCGACGAGGCCAUCCGAGCCGUGCUCUGCCCUCCACCUGUGAAGAAGAGGGGGAAGAGGUGCACCAUGUUCUGAGGAGGAAACAUUGCUCCAACACUACACUACAUCACCAUGUACAACAACCACUACUUCUCUGAGAGGAUGAGAGAGAGAAAAACUAGCGAGAGUGAGUGUGCACUGCUGAGAUGCUUUCUUUAUAUUGAUGUUUUUUCAAAGCAACAUUGGUAUAUUUAAUCCAAUUUUUUUACCAUAACUGAAUAGGCUCAUAGGUUCUCCGUGAAAGACAUUUACUGUCCACCUACUUUGUACUCAUAGAACCACAUCAAGUUGCCAUGAGGGCUGACAAAGGUCUCUAUUUACUGCAUUCUGCGACAUCUCUUCUUUUUCAGCCAUGCUUGCUUGAAUUAAUGCACUGUUGACGAGAUAGAAAGUGAACUAUGAAUACGCCUUCAGGUCUGAAGUUACCCUCAGCUCUUGAUCUAAGAUCAGCAUCUAGAGACGCAAACCGUACUAUGGGCAUGAACACACAAAUCUGUUGCUACUCAACUAAACUUCACAAAAAAGCAUGGCUGCUAAAAUUUCAAGUAGUGUUCACAGGAAAUGAGAGUGAUAAGUUUCCUGAUUUAUUACAACCUAUUUUUUGUCGUUUAGUCCCGUCAUUCUAACCAGUAAUAGCGUAAUUGCUGAGAUUUCAGAAACCUGAUGAGUCAAGAAGCCCAAAAAAGUGCUUUAAUGCAACUGCAGCAUUUGUACUUCAUCUUGAAGCCUGAGUCUAAAUGUAGUUCAAAGGGGAACCUAUUUACCAAAUUGACUAGUGGGGACAACAAUUCAGCCGCCGCGCUGCAAGGGCAACUCUUCACCGUCAACAUACGUCCACUAAAAGUUAUUCUUGUUGCCUCUGACAGGCUCAGAUUGUUUUACAAGUGUCUGAAAACAUUACAGAAAUAACCCUACAGAAAGGAGAGGAGAAGACCCAUUCUGUAGAGAGCUGAGUGAUUCUGGAAAACUAUCUAUUAGCGAUUAUUUCUGUCCGAUGUUGUAAUUGCGACAUGGUUUUCGAUGAGAGGAAGGAAUGAUAAUGUUUAAAAUCAUUGUUCUCAUUUUCAUUGAAAAAUGAUCACAGUGGGGGUCUGUACUAAACAAAGAUGUUCUUUUAAGUCUGUAGAAUAUGAUGUGUAGGCCAGGACAUCUCCACAGCACCACAACAUAUCAUUUAAAAAUGCUAUUUAGACACACUUUUCCCCAACAAAUAUUUUGCCUUCCGUGAUUUGAAAAUGUCGGGAAAAAAAUAGAUUUAUUGUGCAGCCCUACUACGGAAACCUCAUGAGGGGUGGGUUGUUGCCAGGAGACGGCAGUGAAAACGUGAGUGAGAGUUGGAGAGAGGUGUCCCUAAAGGAUUUUGGUGUUGGAGGACAGAAAGUGUAACUUAGUGUUAUCUAAAAUAUUUUCACUGUCAUGGAUGGAUAUUAAGAGGAUUUGGACAAUGUGGACAAGGUCUUUGAAGUCAAUGGCCGCUGGUAUUUAUUUUAUCUAUAGUAUACGGAUGCUGUGAGCCUAUGCACCACAGAGGAAGAACUAAUUUUUUAGAUCUCACGAGACUUGAGCGAGACUUGGUUAGACACAACAGCAAACAGAAAGUAGGGUUCUUUCCAUAAUGUUGUCAGACACAAUCUGAGCCUGUCAAUUGUUUAAAAAAAAGAAGCACUUUUAGUGGAUGUACAUGAGGUGAGGAGUUGCCCCGGGCGAUUACAUGGCAGUCCGUUUAGCGGCUGCUGUCUGCAGUGUUCCAACUGGACCAAAUAUUGUCCCUGUUAGACACUUGGUCAUAAAAACUCAUCACUUGCUUUGGCCUCCUCAUCAUUCGGCCUUCCACUCCACUCUCCACCUUGUUGAUAGUAGUUGGGACAAAAAAAAGAUUUACAAGCUAUCAGGUCCACUCACUUGGAUUUUGAUGGAGCUUUCAGACACACCUCGCUGCCUGGUCAGCAGAACAGUUAGAUGCUGUUUACAGGGUCGAGAAUUAAAAUCCAAGCCAACUUUUGAUUAGCAGCUCAGCUUUUAACUGCAUCUCACGGUGUUCAUCGACAGCGGCCAUGAGAGGAUGAACACCUCUGUGGGUUGUCCACUGGGUCUUCUUCUCUAAAGAAGCCCAAGAAAUGUGUUGGUAGGCUUUGGGGAGAAAAAAAUAAAUAAACCCUAAGUUAAGAACAUUUUAUCAUCAUUUAAAAAAAAAGUUGAUUUACUCAUGGAAGCAUUAUUUUACGGAAGAAAUAAUGAUCACGGUCUCGUUCUUACUUUGGACAAACAUCUGAUCUUAGUCCAGUGUCUCUGGGUAACUUCAUCUAACUGUGAACACGUGACAGACAAGCAUGCCAAACAUGGGGGCUGUACACCCCUUGCUGCCUGAAUUCUGCCUUUGGGGCUGAAGGAGCUUGCAUGGGUCUUAAAAUAUUCUGUCUUAAUUUAUCCCAUUAU